GUUAAAGUGCUGCUUUUGGUGUUUGUGCUGGAUGGCGGUGGUAGCAACAGAUGCUUAAAGGGAAAGUGUAGGUCAGACCAUGUUGCCAACUCCAGAGGUGAUAGCCGAUUUCAACAGGAUAUACGAGCCUGCCGAAGAUACGUUUUUGCUUCUUGACUGCUUGGAGGAACAAAAGCUGUUUUUGAAUCACAUAUUGUUUGAUUGCAAGAAAAAAGCCAGUCCUCCCCUAGUUAUGGAAAUUGGAACAGGAUCUGGUGUGAUAACAUCCUUUAUACAAAAUUCAAUUUUUCCUAAUCAAUUUGCAAUAUACUUGACAACAGACUUGAAUUCUUAUGCCUGUGAAACAUCGCUUAAGACCAGUGAGUUGAAUUUAGAAAAGAGCGGUAUCUCAAGACUGAAUUGUGUGAUGGAUUCAGUGCAAUGCAGUUUGACAUCGUGUGUGGUGAACAAUUCAGUGGAUUUGUUGGUUUUCAAUCCACCAUAUGUGCCAUCAGCCAACAGCGAGAUUCCCACAAUUAAUGGACAAAGCAACAUUGACCAAGACAGUGGUGCAUGGCUAGAUAUGGCGUUGAAUGGAGGUGACGAUGGAAUGAUAGUGACAGCAAAGUUGUUGGACAAUUUGCAUGAUAUUCUCGCCGACAAUGGGGUUGCCUAUAUAUUGUUCUGUGCUCGAAACAAGCCAGAUGAUGUGUACAAACAGAUGAAAGAGAGAAAAUUGCAAGUGGAAAAAGUGAUAUUCCGAAAAUGUGGGUGGGAAGAGCUCAGUGUGUUGAGAUUGUGGAAGCGAAAAUAAGAUACAGAACGUCAUUUAUAAGUUUUUGUUUGCAAUUUUUUAUUCCUUUGCUUUAUUGUUGUUUUUAUCUGCGAGGUGGGAUCUAAAACGAUUAAUAGUUAUAUAUAAACAAAGAGUUUUUAUUCAAAUACUUAUAGAUACACUAAAUAUUUUUAUAUAAAACAAAAUAACACAAGUCAA